CAGAAUCUAAUUAAUAUGUAUGAUUACAGUUGGAAGAAAUGUCUUGAUGGAGCUACUGAAGAGAAACUGACCACUAGUUCUGGUAUUCCUUGCUUCGAUACAGUCAAGAGCCACAACCAAGAGACUGAUGGAACAGAGUUUAGCACUCGACUAACAAUGCCCGUUCAAAGGUACACAAGUUCUACUUUAAAUAUGCCCAAGAAAAGAAAAUCAGAUUUGUCGCAAAGCUCAAGACAAUCGCUUUCUAAAAAAAAAGCUCGAAGUCAGGAAACCUCUGAUGAAACUGAGCGAAGGAGAAAUGAACAGGUGAUCCGACAAGAAGCUGUGAGACAUGCCAGGACACCAGAGCAGGCAUCUUAUCUGCGGCUGCAACAUGCCCAUUACAUGGCAUCUCGAAGAGCGACUCAGGCACGUCGUGAGGAACAAGCACAGCGACAGGCCAGCUUGAGAGCCGCCGAAACACCACAUCAGGCAGAGUACCGACGACAACAACACUCCAUGUACAUAGCGGAUCAGCGGGGGUCGGAGACCCCGGAGCAAUUUUCAUAUAGCAUAAAAAGUGAGCUGGUGGAGGUGAAGCAAGAGGACCUAUCUAUGGAGGACGAAGAGAGUUCCAAUAAAUCAUUGUUGCUUCAGCCUGCAGAAGGAAUUAGCUGUAAUCGCACAGCCGAAGAGAAAGAGGGGAGACUCGUUGGUACUGCUCAAACAGAAGAAGUAGUAGAUAUUCCUUUUGAAACGGUUUACUGCCAGGAAAUCUUUCAGAAGGUGGAAGUAAAAGUUGAGAAUAUCGAAGAUUGUGAGCCAGACAUGACUAAUACAACUCAACCUGAAGAAGACGAUGUAUUUAUUGAGCCGGAAGUUUUAACAUACCCCAGCAAGAAGACUUCCUCCCAUGGACUGAAUUCGGUUCCUGUGGAAGUAAAAGUUGAGAAUAUCGAAGAUUGUGAGCCAGACAUGACUAUUACAUCUCAACCUGAAGAAGACAAUGUAUUUAUUGAGCCGGAUGUUUUAACAUACCCCAGCAAGAAGACUUCCUCCCAUGGACUGAAUUCGGUUCCUGUAAUUAUGGAGUCUGUGAUCGGUACUGAGAAAAAGUCCAGCAGUCGCAAAACCUGUGCCAUGACCGGUUGUGAAGUCAACCAAGCCCGUUCUCCUGGUGUGCAUUUUUUUAAAUUCCCUGUUUCCAGACAAGAGAUUUGUGAGCAGUGGGUGGCCAGCUGUGGGAACGAAGCUCUCGGUUCUCUAACUAAAGCGGCACUUCGAGCCAAAUUAGUGUGUGAAAAACACUUCACAAAUGAUAGUUUCACGAGCACUCUAAAGACAAGGCUAAAAAUAAAUGCAAUCCCGACAACUGUGGAAACUUGUUCUUCUCCAACUACACCUUUAUUGGAAGAAGUGACCUCGUUGCCGCAAUCUUUGAAAGAAACGCCGUUUACCCCUCCUGUGUGUAGGACACAAUCCAAAACCAAGAGUUCUCUUUUUAAUAGUCCACUUCAAGACCCAUGCACUCCACUGUACAAAAUGUAUAGAAGGGUAAAAAAACGGAGACUAAUGCCAAAAAAAAACUGA